UGUCAGCUAAGAUUAACUAUUAAUUAACCGUAAUAUAAUCAAUAGUACAAGUGAGUUGUAAAGAAAAAAAACUCACAAAUUAUUGAUUACGCAAAUAAAAAUAUAAAAAUGAAAUUAAUAAUAAAAAUUAAUAUGUCUAAAAGAAUUAUGUUUCAAUAGUUAUAUUUUUGAUGCAAUAAUUCAACAAAUUAUUCACACGUCCAAGUAACAAUAGGUACUGUUGUAAUGCUUAAAUAACGAUAUCAUGAAACGCAUUGAUAUUUUUUUUUAGUAUUUUUCUUACUUCGUUGGUAAAACAUUUAAUUAUUCAUAAACCAGGUCAUAAAUAUAUUUAACUAUGCAAUUGAUUGCUGUUUAAUUGUAAAUAUUAUAACUUUACAUGAAAAAUUGUUUUUUUUCUUUUUGUUUUAAUUCUGUAGUAAUCAAUGAGUAAUAAAAUUCGAUAAUAUUUCAAAAACUAUAAAAUAAAUAAUAAUGAAAUGGAGUAUUUUACUGUGUCUUUGGUUUUUAAGUUCAUUAAAUUCAACGGGAAAUGGAACAAAUUAUUACGAUCGUUUGGAAGAUGAUGGUUAUUACAACGACAGUAGAUUUGAAUUUAAUAGUGGAAGAAGAUCAGAAGACGAGGUUGUACAACGAAUUUUUUUUAACGUGAAAACAGAUGUUUAUUAUAUAAAAAAACAAAUAACUAUUUUGAGUCAUCAAUCGAAUAUAAUAAUUUCUAAUAUGUCUCAUUUAAUGAACAAUAUCGAUGAGCUUGAAAGUAUAAGAAGAUCAUUAUCCGAAAUGACUGCAAAUAUUACUCAACUUUAUUCAGAUAUGAAAAAAAAUCAUAAGGGAAUGAAAAAUAAAUACAAUAUUUUAAAAUUCAAUGUUAGUGAUGUUACUCAACGAUUUGAUUUGGCUGAAUCAUUAUGGCCUGGUGUAUUGAGUCAACUAAAUGUAACAAUUAAUCGGAUAAAUGAUUUGUCUGUUAGUCACGAGCAACUGAAACAAAUAACACUUCAACAAGGACAUAUGCUCAAUUCAGGAGUUGGAAGAUUGGAACAAAAAAUUGACGCUUCAUUAACGUCUUACAAUAUAGAAUUAUCAAAACUUCGUAAUGACAUAGUUGGCUAUGUUCUUAAUGUUGGAGAUCAAGUGUUGGAAGUACAGAAAGUAGCGGAUAAACUUAAAGAAUGUAGUUGUUCAUCUCCUUCUGGUCCAACGGGACCAUCACCACCACCUGGAUUUAGUACAACUUCAUUUACUGGACUAUAUCCUGGAGUAACAUCAGAAACUAUUAUACCAACUUAUGGCCCACCAAGUUAUGUGCCACCAGAACCUCCCUAUACACAGGCACCACCAUAUACACAGGCUCCACCAUAUACACCGGCUCCACCAUAUACACAAGCUCCACCAUAUACACAGGCUCCACCAUAUACACAAGCUCCGCCAUAUACACAGGCUCCGCCAUAUACACAGGCUCCACCAUAUACACAAGCUCCGCCAUAUACACAAGCUCCGCCAUAUACACAAGCUCCGCCAUAUACACAAGCUCCACCAUAUACACAAAUUCCACCAUACACACAGUCUCCACCACAUACCUCAACACUUCCGGGUGAACAAAUAUCUACAACUUGUUAUCCCAUAAGUCCGGGAUCGACUCAUCGACCAAUGCUACUGCAACCUUUAAUACCACUUGGAUUUGAAGGCCCAUUCAAAGACAUGUGUGUUUGUAUGUGCUCAUGCCCUUGUACAUGUCCAACAUUUUCUGUAACAUUAUUUCCUCAACAAUACUCGAGAGAAUUAAGAACAUGGAUGAAUUUGUACUACUUAUCACAUGGAAUCCAUAAAAUGCCUUCAGAAUGUAGUUGUCUUUGUGCAUGUCCUUGUGAUGGAAGUGAUCUUGUUACACCAGCUCCAUCAGUAACCAGCACAAUUACUUCAACAACUCAACCAACAAUAGCACAUCACCCUUCUGUAGAAACAACUCAUCAUUGGACAACACAAAGUAUUCAUAUCGACAUUGAUGUUGACGGAAGCGUUGGAGGAUGGCCUCCUAACACUAACCUUCCAAAUCAUUCGAGUUCAACUCCUCGACCACAAAAGAAUCAAACAGAUAUCAUACAAACAUUAUUAGUAAACAUGUGUGAGAAAAUUGAUAAACUUGACGGAAAAAUAGAAAGUUUAAAACUAUCAUUAUUAAAGGAAGUGACUAUUAGUAAGCAAACAAUAUUAACAUAUGUUGAUGAAAGAGUUGAUGAAGUAAAACGCCAUCUUUCCGAUGUAAAUACUUCGAAUUUCCGUCUUAGUUAUGAUAAUAAAAACACAACAAUCAUAAUGCAUAUGGAGAUGAGACAUAAAUUUGUUGAAACGUAUCAUUUAAUAAAAAUGGUGUCUGAUGUAUUAGCUAAAUUUAAACGUGACUUUGAUAUGCUACAGUCAAAACUAACAUCAAAAAAUCAAAACCAUGAUCAUUCUAAAGUUCCGAAUGGAGAUUAUCAAGGUUCAUUUGAUCCACAUGAUCUUAAUAAUCCCAACAAUUGGCGCCUAUUGGAUGAUAAUAGUAUUAAUGAAAACAAAACAAUGAAAAAGUUAUUAAAUAAACUACAGAAUACUAGUAGUAAUGUAACUGAUGAACACAAAAAAGACGACAUUGACUCGGUUAACGAAUUAAAAUAUUUAAAAAAUGGGACUAGCCUAUAGAUAGAGGUGUGAAGUUAUUUUAUGAAUUGAAUUGUAUUAAAUAAUUUGAACAAUAUUAUCGUAUUUUAACAAGGUAAUAAAAACUCGUCCCGAAAAAAAUUAUGAAAAUGCGUCAUGUAGAACUUUUGAAUUUGAGACAGAACUUCAAGUUUAACUUUUUUCGAUGGAUAACUUUACAUAAACAAAUUCAAAGUCAGAUGAGAAUAUUUUUUCUGCCCUCCGGCCGGAAAGUAGCAACUUUUGGGCCGCUGCCCUGAACGAAGUUGCAACUUUCCGGCUUCUUCGGAGGAAAAAUAGUGUACGCACCUUGGCCAGUAAAGAAGAAAGCCUCAGACCACAUAUUUGUCAGCCUCUGCCAACAAUUACAUGUGAUCUGAGACUUUUCUUAUUUUACUAGCCUAGGUAUGUAAUCUACUAUUUAAAAAUAAUUCUCAAACCGUAUUUUUUCUACAUUCUUCUCAAGAUCAGAAAAAAUUUAAAAAUCUCUAUAUUAGAACGAAAAAAUGUAGUAACACGUUUUCAGAAUUACGUUUUAAGAACCUUCUCAUUUGACUCAAAAUUCGCCCACAUAAAGUUCAAAAUUAACUAUAUUUUUUUACUAUGAAAAUCCUGAAAGUUCGAUUUGCAGUUCUAAUGGGACUCAAAUGCAUACAUCCUAUACUGUAAUUAGUAUAUUACACACCUAGGGCAGUAAAGUAAGAAAGCCUCAGAUCACAUGUUUCUGAGACAUUUCUUACUUUACUGCCCUAGGUUUGUAAUAUACUAUUUGGUGUGAAAAUGGUCCUCAAGAACUUUUCACGGUCUACUUGACCAUAAGCAGCUAAAAAUUUUAACACUAAAUCAUUCACACUACACUGCGGACUUUAAAUUUUUACAAUGUAUACAUGUCAAACUUUUUGGGAAUCUUUUUGGAACGAACUUUUUUUUCACGGGAAAUUCUAAAAUAAUAGAGCGGAUAUUCAAAUAUAUUUUUACAACAGACAUUUAUGAGAUAUAAUACAUUAAUAUGUUGUUAAUUUUUUUUAUUUUAUAUCGCUUUAUAAUUUAUGCUGAAUUAAUUAUUAAGUUAAUUAUCUACGUCGUUAGAGAAUCAACUUUACUAAAAAUAAC